AAACUCUACCGUGAGGGGUGGGAUGAGGUCAAGAUGAGCUGUGAUGUCCGGCUGGAUGCCAUCCCUAUCCAGGCUGCCAAGGCCUCCAGGGAGAUUGCUAGUGAUUAUAAAUACAAACUUGACCAUGAGAAGCAGAAGGGACAUUACGUGGGCACACUCACAGCCAGGGAUGACAACAAGAUCCGGUGGGCUCUCAUCGCUGGCAAGAUUCAGAAUGAACGGGAGUACAGGCUACAGUGGGCCAAAUGGAAGACCAAGUUCCAAAGCCCCGUGGACAUGCUUUCUAUCCUGCAUUCUAAAAAAUGCCAGACACUGGUCAGCGACAUUGAUUAUCGCAAUUACCUACAUGAGUGGACAUGCAUGCCAGAUCAGAACGAUGUGAUCCAGGCCAAGAAAGCCUACGAGCUGCAGAGCGAUGCUGUUUAUAAAGCUGACUUGGAAUGGUUGCGUGGAAUUGGGUGGAUGCCAAAUGAUUCUGUCUCGGUCAAUCAUGCCAAACAUGCUGCAGAUAUCUUCAGUGAGAAAAAAUAUCGCACAAAAAUAGAAUCUCUCAACUUUACGCCUGUGGAUGACAGAGUGGAUUAUGUGACAGCCAAACAAAGUACUGAGAUCCGAGAUGAUAUUAAAUAUCGGAAAGAUUGGAAUGCCAUCAAGUCAAAGUAUACCCUUACAGAAACCCCACUGCUACACACUGCUCAGGAAGCUGCCCGGAUCCUAGACCAGUACCUCUACAAGGAAGGCUGGGAGAAACAGAAAGCCACGGGUUACAUUCUGCCACCAGAUGCUGUGCCGUUUGUUCAUGCCCAUCACUCCAGUGAUGUUCAGAGUGAGCUGAAAUACAAAGCUGAACAUGUUAAGCAGAAAGGUCACUAUGUUGGUGUUCCCACAAUGAGAGACGAUCCCAAGCUGGUUUGGUUUGAGCACGCAGGUCAGAUUCAGAAUGACAGACUCUACAAGGAAAACUACCACAAGUCCAAGGCCAAAAUCAAUAUACCUGCUGACAUGGUGUCAGUUGUGGCUGCCAAGGAAGGGCAGAACCUUGUCAGUGAUAUCGAUUACCGUCAUUACCUACACCAAUGGACAUGCCAUCCAGACCAAAAUGAUGUUAUUCAAGCAAAAAUUGCCUAUGACCUUCAGAGUGACAAUGUCUACAAAGCUGACCUGGAGUGGCUUCGAGGAAUUGGCUGGAUCCCUCUGGAUUCUGUGGACCAUGUGAGGGUUACAAAGAACCAGGAAAUGGUGAAUCAGAUAAAAUACAAGAAAGAUGCGCUUGCCAACUACCCCAACUUUACAAGUGUAGAGGACCCUCCAGAGAUUGUUUUAGCCAAGAUUAACUCAGUCAAUCAAAGUGAUGUGAAAUAUAAAGAAACAUUUAAUAAAGCAAAGGGCAAGUACAUAUUUUCUCCAGACACACCAUACAUCUCCCACUCCAAAGACAUGGGGAAACUCUAUAGUACUAUACUGUACAAGGGAGCAUGGGAGGGAACCAAGGCCUAUGGCUACACCCUGGAUGAGCGUUACAUUCCAAUUGUUGGAGCCAAGCAUGCUGACCUGGUGAACAGUGAGCUUAAAUAUAAGGAAACCUAUGAGAAGCAGAAGGGCCACUACCUGGCUGGAAAAGAAAUAAGUGAGUUCCCUGGAGUGGUCCACUGCCUGGAUUUCCAGCAGAUGCGGAGUGCGUUGAACUACAGAAGGGAUUAUGAGGACACAAAGGCAAAUGUGCAUAUCCCCAAUGACAUGAUGAACCACGUGUUGGCAAAAAGGUGCCAAUACAUCCUUAGCGACCUGGAGUACCGACACUACUUUCACCAGUGGACGUCGCUUCCGGAGGAGCCCAAUGUUAUCCGUGCCAGAAAUGCCCAGGAGAUCUUAAGUGAUAAUGUAUAUAAAGACGACUUGAACUGGCUGAAAGGCAUUGGCUGCUAUGUUUGGGAUACACCCCAGAUCCUCCAUGCCAAGAAAUCAUAUGACCUCCAGAGUCAGCUACAAUACACAGCAGCAAGUAAAGACAAUCUGCAGAACUAUAACCUGGUCACAGAUACGCCAGUUUACGUGACUGCUCUUCAGAGUGGCAUCAAUGCCAGUGAGGUGAAAUAUAAAGAAAAUUAUCAUCAGAUUAAGGACAAGUAUACCACAGUGCUGGAGACUGCAGAUUAUGACAGGACCAAGAACUUGAAGAGUCUGUAUAGCAGUAACAUAUACAAGGAGGCCUGGGAUAAGGUGAAAGCCACCAGCUAUAACCUGCCAACCAGCACCUUGUCCCUGACGCAUGCCAAGAACCAGAAGCACCUGGCCAGCCAUAUCAAAUACCGAGAAGAAUAUGAAAAAUUCAAAGCACUUUACACAUUACCGAAGAGUGUUGAAGAUGAUCCAAACACCGCACGGUGUCUCCGAGUGGGCAAGCUUAACAUUGAUCGCCUGUACAGAUCAGUGUAUGAAAAGAACAAGAUGAAAAUCCACAUUGUGCCUGACAUGGUGGAGAUGGUGACUGCCAAGGAUUCUCAGAAGAAAGUCAGUGAGAUCGACUACCGCCUGCACCUCCAUGAAUGGAUUUGCCACCCCGACUUACAAGUCAACAGCCACGUCAGAAAAGUAACAGACCAGAUCAGUGAUAUUGUGUACAAGGAUGACCUCACCUGGCUGAAAGGCAUCGGUUGCUAUGUCUGGGACACUCCUGAAAUUCUUCAUGCAAAACAUGCUUAUGAUCUACGCAACGAUAUCAAGUAUAAAGCGCAUGUGCAGAAGACAAGGAAUGACUACAAGCUGGUGACUGACACACCGGUCUACGUUCAGGCUGUCAAGAGUGGGAAGCAGCUCAGUGAUGCUGUCUACCACUAUGACUAUGUGCACAGUGUCAGAGGCAAAGUGGCCCCAACUACAAAAACCGUGGAUCUGGACCGGGCCCUCCAUGCAUACAAGCUUCAGAGCGAGAAUUUGUACAAGAAAGGCCUGCGCUUCCUGCCCACUGGGUACAGGCUCCCGGUCGAUACCCCUCACUUCAAUCACACCAAGGACACCCGCUACAUGAGCAGCUAUUUCAAAUACAAAGAAGCCUAUGAACACAUCAAGGCAAAUGGGUACACACUUGGACCCAAGGAUGUCCCAUUUGUUCAUGUCCGGAGAGUCAACAACGUUACUAGUGAGAGACUGUAUCGAGAAUUGUAUCAUAAACUAAAAGACAAGAUACACACAACUCCAGACACACCUGAGAUCCGCCAAGUCAAGAAGACACAGGAAGCCGUCAGUGAGUUGAUCUACAAAUCAGACUUCUUCAAGAUGCAGGGCCACAUGAUCUCACUGCCAUACACACCCCAAGUGUUGCACUGUCGCUACGUGGGAGACAUCACCAGUGACAUUAAAUACAAAGAGGACUUGCAGAUCUUGAAGGGACUUGGCUGCUUCCUGUAUGACACUCCUGAUAUGGUCCGCUCCAGGCACCUAAGGAAACUCUGGUCAAAUUACCUGUACACUGAUAAUGCCAGGAAGAUGCGAGACAAAUACAAAGUGGUGCUUGAUACCCCAGAAUACAGAAAAGUGCAGGAACUGAAGACCCAUCUGAGUGAGGUAAGAAUAUAUUAUCUGUCACAAAGGAGAGAGAGACUCAAAUUUAAGAGGACAGAUGAAGUUUCACCUCUGACUCCUUCCCUGCUCUCUCAUUCUCAGUAUCUCUAUGUUGAGCUUGCCACUAAAGAGAGACCCCAUCACCAUGCUGGAAACCAGACCACAGCCUUGCAACAUGCAAAAGAUGUGAAAGACAUGGUCAGCGAGAAAAAGUACAAGAUUCAAUACGAGAAGAUGAAGGACAAGUACACACCAGUUGCAGAUACGCCAAUCCUCAUCAGAGCCAAGAGGGCUUACUGGAACGCCAGUGAUCUUCGCUACAAAGAGACAUUUCAAAAGACUAAAGGGAAGUAUCACACUGUGAAGGAUGCCCUGGACAUUGUGUAUCAUCGCAAAGUCACAGACGACAUCAGUAAAGUGAAAUACAAGGAGAACUACAUGAGCCAGCUGGGAAUCUGGAGUUCCAUUCCUGAUCGCCCUGAACAUUUCCACCACCGGGCAGUCACCGAUGCCAUCAGUGAUGUAAAAUAUAAAGAAGAUUUGACCUGGCUCAAAGGCAUUGGCUGCUAUGCCUAUGAUACCCCUGACUUGACACUAGCUGAACAGAACAAGACUCUCUACAGCAAGUAUAAGUAUAAAGAAGUAUUUGAAAGAACGAAGUCAAAUUUCAAGUAUGUUGCUGAUUGUCCAAUUAACAGGCAUUUCAAAUAUGCAACUCAAUUGAUGAAUGAGAAAAAAUACAGAGCUGAUUAUGAGCAGCGGAAAGAUAAAUACCACCUGGUAGUGGAUGAGCCUAGACAUCUGGUGGCUAAGACCGCAGGCGACCAGAUCAGCCAGAUCAAAUACAGGAAAAAAUAUGAAAAGUCAAAGGACAAAUUCACCUCAGUUGUGGACACUCCAGAGCACCUGCGCACCACAAAAGUCAACAAGCAAAUCAGUGAUAUACUUUACAAACUGGAAUACAACAAGGCCAGACCCAGAGGCUACACCACCAUCCAUGACACACCCAUGCUGCUGCAUGUCCGCAAAGUGAAAGAUGAAGUCAGUGAUCUGAAAUAUAAGGAAGUUUACCAAAGAAACAAAUCUAACUGUACCAUCAAGCCAGAUGCUGUUCAUAUCAAAGCAGCUAAAGAUGCCUACAAAGUCAACACCAAUGUUAAAUACCGAGAAAAUUUUGACAAAGAGAAGGGUAAGACACCAAAAUACAACCCAAAAGACAGCCAGCUCUACAAAACUAUGAAAGAUGCUAACAACCUUGCAAGUGAGGUUAAAUAUAAGGCUGACCUGAAGAAGCUGCACAAGCCUGUGACUGACAUGAAGGAAUCUCUGAUUAUGCAUCAUGUCCUGAAUACAAGCCAGCUUGCCAGUUCUUAUCAGUACAAAAAGAACUAUGAGAAGAGCAAAGGCCACUACCACACAAUACCUGACAACCUGGAGCAGCUUCACCUCAAAGAAGCCACGGAGCUGCAGAGUAUAGUGAAAUACAAAGAAAAAUAUGAAAAAGAACGAGGAAAGCCCAUGCUUGACUUUGAGACUCCGACAUAUAUUACUGCCAAAGAAUCUCAGCAGAUGCAGAGUGGGAAAGAAUAUAGGAAAGAUUAUGAAGAGUCAAUUAAAGGCAGAAACCUGACAGGCCUGGAGGUCACGCCAGCUUUGUUACAUGUCAGACAUGCAACCAAAAUAGCAAGCGAGAAAGAGUAUAGGAAAGAUCUAGAAGAAAGCAUUCGUGGGAGAGGUCUCACUGAAAUGGAAGACACUCCUGACAUGCUGAGAGCAAAGAAUGCCACUCAAAUCCUCAAUGAGAAAGAAUAUAAGCGAGACCUGGAGCUGGAAGUUAAAGGAAGAGGCUUGAAUGCCAUGGCCAAUGAGACUCCAGAUUUUAUGAGGGCCAAGAAUGCUACAGACAUCGCCAGCCAGAUUAAGUACAAGCAAUCAGCAGAAAUGGAAAAAGCCAAUUUCACUUCUGUCGUUGAUACCCCAGAGAUCAUUCAUGCUCAGCAGGUCAAGAACCUUUCCAGCCAGAAAAAGUACAAGGAAGAUGCAGAGAAGUCCAUGUCGUAUUAUGAGACUGUCCUGGACACUCCAGAGAUGCAAAGAGUCCGUGAGAACCAGAAGAACUUCAGCCUUCUCCAAUACCAGUGUGACCUUAAAAACAGUAAAGGGAAAAUUACAGUUGUUCAAGACACGCCAGAAAUACUGCGUGUCAAAGAAAACCAAAAGAAUUUCAGCUCGGUUCUGUAUAAAGAGGAUGUCUCCCCGGGGACAGCAAUUGGAAAGACCCCUGAGAUGCUAAGAGUGAAGCAAACGCAGGACCACAUUAGCUCGGUCAAGUAUAAAGAAGCAAUUGGACAAGGAACUCCAAUCCCUGACCUGCCCGAAGUGAAGCGUGUCAAGGAGACCCAGAAGCACAUUAGCUCGGUUAUGUACAAAGAAAACUUGGGAACAGGCAUUCCAACAACUGUCACCCCAGAGAUUGAGAGAGUCAAACGCAAUCAAGAGAACUUUAGCUCGGUGUUGUACAAAGAGAACCUUGGGAAAGGGAUUCCGAUCCCCAUCACUCCAGAGAUGGAGCGAGUCAAACACAAUCAAGAAAACUUUAGUUCGGUGCUAUACAAAGAAAACAUGGGCAAGGGAACCCCUUUACCCAUCACUCCAGAGAUGGAGAGAGUCAAACACAAUCAAGAAAAUAUUAGCUCGGUUUUGUACAAAGAAAGUGUGGGGAAAGCCACCCCAACCCCUGUCACUCCAGAGAUGCAGAGAGUCAAACGCAAUCAAGAAAACAUUAGCUCGGUGCUAUACAAAGAGAAUAUGGGGAAAGCAACCCCCACACCCUUUACUCCUGAGAUGGAAAGAGUCAAACGCAAUCAAGAAAACUUUAGCUCGGUAUUGUACAAAGAGAAUAUGAGAAAAGCAACUCCAACACCUGUUACUCCAGAGAUGGAGAGAGCUAAGCGCAACCAAGAAAACAUUAGCUCGGUUCUUUAUUCUGAUAGCUUCCGGAAACAAAUACAAGGCAAAGCUGCCUAUGUGCUAGAUACACCAGAGAUGAGACGAGUGAGAGAAACCCAACGGCACAUCUCAACAGUGAAAUAUCAUGAAGACUUUGAGAAACACAAGGGCUGUUUCACACCAGUGGUGACAGAUCCUAUCACUGAACGAGUAAAGAAAAACACACAGGACUUCAGUGACAUCAACUACCGAGGUAUUCAAAGAAAAGUGGUAGAAAUGGAGCAAAAACGGAAUGACCAGGAUCAAGAUACCAUUACAGGUCUGCGUGUCUGGCGUACUAACCCUGGUUCAGUUUUUGACUAUGAUCCCGCAGAAGACAACAUUCAAUCCAGAAGUUUACACAUGAUUAAUGUCCAAGCUCAACGCCGGAGCCGGGAGCAGUCGAGAUCUGCCAGUGCACUGAGUAUCAGUGGGGGUGAGGACAAGUCUGAGCACUCUGCAGACCAGCGCUUUUCCACAUACAGUGAUGGAGGUGCCUUCUUCUCUGCAACCUCAACAGGUUACAAACAUGUGAAAACCACUGAGCUCCCACAGCAGCGGUCAUCUUCAGUUGCCACCCAGCAAACAACACUGUCUUCUAUCCCAUCCCACCCAUCUACUGCUGGAAAAAUCUUCCGUGCCAUGUACGACUAUAUGGCUGCAGAUGCAGAUGAAGUGUCCUUCAAAGAUGGAGAUGCUAUAGUGAAUGCUCAGGCGAUUGAUGAAGGCUGGAUGUAUGGCACUGUGCAGAGGACCGGCAGGACGGGCAUGCUCCCAGCCAACUACGUGGAAGCUGUUUAGGCACUUCAAGAUCUCCAUCAGUGUCUGCAUCUCUGCGGGCAACAUUUCAGUGGAGACUUCAGUGUACCCAUGCUCUCAAGCUGCCUAAUCAUUUCACCUGCAUCAGUACCAUUUAAUGUAUUACCAACUCGUCUAUAGAAACCUGAGUUAUUCUCCAUGAAAACAAACACUAAUUCAUCUGUUCAGUUCUUAAAGUAGACUUACAGAUUCAUUCUUUCUAGAUUUACACAUGAAACUAAAGACAGUAAACAUGCAAAGGCUCGUUUUGAAAAUUAUCACUAUCUUUCCUUUUUAAAAUAAGUUGAAAUUCACAGUACAAUUUUGAAAAGCUCCAGUAGUGCUAUGUAACCGAACCAGUUUUUCCCAAUUAUAAAAAUGUUUUAACAUUAUUCUGGACAUGCCAAACAGUAAAAGAAAAACGGAAGAGUGAACCAUCUUUCUCUUGUUUACUAAGUGCUAAUGCCUGUGUUUCUGUAAGUUAUAAAGAUGACAGUCAACAUAACUGUCAAGAAACUGGAAACUAAUAAAAUCUGUAGU